UGUCUGUCUGAAAACAAAUCUAAAAUGCUGAUCGCCAAUGUAUCCAACAGUCAAACAAUUGCUCCUUCGUCAGCCGUGAAACUACGACGAUCCCGCCGAUUGUCGUCCACCAGAGGAUUAAAGCAACGAACGACCGCGAAAGAUUCCUUUCCUUACGGAGAUCUCGAUCGAAAAAUCGGUAAUCCUUGGCCUAUAGCGGGCAAAAGCAUCGACGAGGAAAACGUCGAAGGAGAACAGUUGAUGAACUGGGAGAUGAAUGAGAGAGUCAGUUUAAGCAGCCGUUCUAGCACUGGAUUGGCAAUUCGUCCCGACAGUAGAAAAGGCAUCGAGUUUAGCGAGACUUGCAGGAGGAACGUUGAAAGUAGAUCAAAAAUCGGCUCGGAAUGCUCAGAACGCGAGGUCAAGUCAUCGUCAUCAGCCGGACCAACGUUGGAGUUGAUGAACGUAUCCGGAUUCGCCGGGUCGAAUGUCGCUCGGAAGCAUCGUGGCGUCUGUUCGAUUGACAUGACGGACGAGAACGUCCUUAGGAGCGAUUCGAAAUACGAGAUCGGUAUUCUCAGUCGUGGUUCCUCGACCCUGAGAGAGCAAAGGCGGCAGGGCGACACGCUAAUGUCGAAAGACAACGGUGACGGGACAAAGAGAUGGACCAAGGACUCCAUUUCGAAGCGACUGGAACUGAUCCACGAGCUGAAUCAGAAGAUCUUGGCUAACUACGAGAGGUUCCAACAGAAAUCGAGACGUACCAAGGACGUGAAGGAGCAGAUCGUGAAGAGCCGAGUCAAAGAUAAAAUUGAUGCCGAAGAACACGUUUAUACGGAGAUCAAGAAGAGGCACAAAACAGGCUGUCGAACGAGCGAUCGGAAGACUCGGGAUAUUCUUAAGCACGAUACCUGGGGAAAAGAAUCUUCCGAGCAAGACGCUUCUAGACGAACGGAUAAAUCGGUCUUUUUAAAAGAAUAUCACGAGAAAAUCGAUACCAAAGAUCAAUCGGAGAAAAAGGAUAAAUCCGAUCGAAAGAUCGUUCGCGAGAAUACAAACUUUAGUAUGGCGGCCAAGGAAAACUUUUCGUAUCAAGUAGACGAGAAAACGCAGUUAUCAAAAUAUCCAAAGUCAAAAGAUAAGAAAGGACGAUUGUCGGAGGAAAAUUCGAUCUUUUACGCAAAUGAGAACAUACCUUCGAAGGAGAUGGAAUCAGUCGCGAGUGGAGAUUGUCUGGAGAACUCCAAAUUGUAUCCCCAGAGCUGCAACUCGCAUAAUAACGAGAUGAAAAAUGAUAGUUUGAUGGAAAAGACUGAGAACAGCGUUUCGCGAAAUCGAUCCGAAAUCAGUUCGCAAAAAGACGUGGUCGAAUCUCGAACGGGAAGUGGAGACGCUGCGACAGACGAGAAGAUUCUGGAGUGCAGAAUUCUGGAGAAGCUAGACAAGACAAUCGACCGAUUCGAUAGCGAGAGGACCCGGCUAUCAUCAGGAGACAGCAACGAGGAGGAGGAGAACAGCUUCAGCACGGAUUCUAUACAAAGUAAAAGUCCGAAAUCGGAAGAAAAAUGCACGAAGGAUGUCACCAGCCUCUUGCAGGAUACCUUCAAUUCCUCCUGGGAUUCCGGAGUCGGCGUGGCGGACCUCGGCAACGGAAGCGGAUGGGUGAGGAUACACACCGGGAUCGAGAGCAGUCUCGUCUAUCUCACUCUGGACACCACGGCUAAAGAUGUCUGCAGGGACAUGCUGCUAGGAGACGACUUGUCUCUGUUUGUCCAGUAUGGCGGCGAGCCAAGCAGGAGGUUGGCGUCCCAGGAGAAGCCACUGGAAAUUCAGGAUCAAUUUCUUCAAAGGCUCGGCUACCAGGAUGUAUCUCGGCGUGCUCGUCUGGGAGUUGAUCUCGAACUCAGACAUCUCGUCGGCUUUCACGUAGGACCAGCAUCGCCAUUGCCAGACCUGGCGGGAUACAGCCGUUGCGGAUACACUCUGGUGUUAAAGGGGUUGGUUUUUCCGCAGUGGAAACGACGACCUCUGGCCGUCAUCGGCUCUAGACUCUUUCUUUAUCCGGCCUGUCCGGAAUCGCGAGCGGAAUGGAUGGAGCUGGGCGGCGGCGGCGGCGGCGCGGUCUGCUAUGCGCCGUCACGUCUGGGCAAACUCGUUUUGCGUGUCACCGGGUUUCCCAGGGUCACUCAACAGUGCCACGUGAGCCAACACCCUGAAGAGAAUCACCAUCGCGAGACCAGACACUUGUAUCUGGGCUUCCACCAUCCCUGGGAUCGGGAUCUCUGGAAAGGCUGGAUCAAAGAGGCUACGCAGUUGUCACCAUGUCCGAAGCGGUUAGAUUUGAGCAAAGGGGGCCUGUCAAGAGUCCCUGAAAGCGCGAUUGCUUUCCCAGCAAUAGAAGAGCUCGCGUUGGGAUGGAACCAGUUCAGCAAUGUCGACAACAAUCUCAAGCUUUUACACAGGUUUCCCAAACUUCGUGCCGUCCAUCUGGAGUGCAACGAUCUCCGUGGAAUCCCGAGGGAGCUUUUGGAGUUGCCAACUUUGACCUAUCUCAAUCUCUCGGACAACAAGAUCGAGAUAAUUCCGGCUGACAUCUGCCAACUGGUCAAUCUGAAAGAGCUGAUUCUUGACCGUAAUGGCAUCAAAGAUGUACCCAAUGAAGUGACACGAUUGAAAAACCUGAGGAAUAUUUCCAUUGUCGGAAAUUUACUCAGCGCUGCACCGUGCUUUUUCAACAUGCGAGCUCUCGCUCUGACGGAAGUUCUGUCAAAGACAGAUCAUGGAAAACCUUACAAAGAGGAGAAGGCAAUGCAUAACAAUUUACACAAGAUCAAUCUGAGAAACAAUCAACUGAAGGGAAAUAUAAUCUUGGGAAAUUAUGGCAAUCUGACGCAUCUGGAUGUCAGCGAAAAUAGUAUUGAAAAAUUGGACAUUAGCGCCCUGCAAGAAUUAAGAAGCGUUCGCUGUGCUCGAAAUCAUCUAACAGAAUUAACUCUUUGCGGCCGAAAUCUCGUAUCACUCAUCGCUGGAAAUAAUAAACUGAAAAAGCUAACCGUCGAACCUGUGCCAACUAAUCUGGAGCAUUUGGAUGUUUCGUACAACAAUUUAGACGCAUUGCCGGAAUGGAUGACGGAAUUGCCAGCACUCCGCGUACUUUUCGCGUCACACAAUGCACUAACGGCCCUACCGGAUAGACUGCUGUCACAGCCAUCGAGACUGGAAGUUCUUCAUUUGCCUCACAACCGAUUACAAGCCCUACCACCGCCCAGAAGGCCAUUGAACAUCGUUCAUUUGACUCUUCAGGGCAAUAUGUUAACAACGCUACCGACUAGCUUCUUCACCAAUACUGAAAAGAUGAAAGUUUUGAACCUCUCCAACAAUCGGCUCUCCGAACUACCGUAUCGCGAGGAAGCCGGCAGGUGCCAUCGGGGAUCGCACACAUUGGAGAAAUUAUACGUCACGGCGAAUUGCCUGACCGAUACCGCCCUAGAUGCUCUCGCAAAGUUCACGUCUCUGAGAAUUCUUCAUAUUGCUUACAACACCCUGGACACGUUACCGGAAAGCUGUAUAGCUGCGUGGCGCGACCUAGAAGAAUUGGUGCUGUCCGGAAACAGAUUGCAGUAUCUUCCAGAUAACGUGGCUAAUCUGCAACACUUGCGCGUGCUGCGCGUGCAUUCUAAUCGGCUGUUAACGUGCCCCACCUUCGGUAAAACGGCGUCCUUGAAGGUGUUGGAUCUUGCGCACAAUCAACUAGAUAGAGUAAAUCUUGCCACGUUAGUGCCACCGCAAUUGCAGUUUCUCGAUAUAUCCUGCAACUCCCGACUGCACGUGGACCCACGACAAUUCCAAGUAUAUAGAUCCCAGAGGCCGAUAUCUCUGGUGGAUGUAUCUGGACAAAACAGGCCCAGUUUGCCGUCUCAUCCGCAUCAACAGGAAAUUGUCGUGGCUGAGAAGAAUGCCGAGCAACCAUGGCGGUUAGGCUUCUCGGAAACUGCGGGCUCUCGCGAAAAGCUAUACAUUUCUCAAGUACGAAUGCCGUCCUUCUGUAACGUCGAAGGUCUGUUUGGCAUCUUUGACGGCGGUUCGAAUCAGGAAACACCCAGUACCCUUCAAGAAAUGAUUCCGCGCCUAUUGUUGGAGGAGCGAACGAUACGGGAGACAUCGAAGGAGUACUUGAAAUACACCUUGUUAUCGGCACAUAGAGAGCUCAGAGAGAAGGGUCAGAAGUAUGGCGUAGACGCGACUCUCAUCCAUGUAGUGAAACUACCAUCACAGCAGGGAUACCCAAAAUCUUCGAUCAAGUACUCUCUGAAAGUGGCAUCCUCCGGGGAAGCGAAAGCCGUUCUCUGUCGAGCGGCCGGUCCCUUGACCCUCGCGUCUAAGAAAGCUAGAGAGUCGGUCAAAAAUCAGUUAGGGAACGCUGCCAUGUUCCCGCUAGUCGUGCCUGAUCCGACGUACGAGGAAGCAACGCUGGAGGACGACGACGAAUUUGUUAUAGUCGCUAAUCGGAGAUUAUGGGAAGUCCUGAGUAUCCAGGAGGCCGUGAGGGAGGCCAGAGCCGAGGCCAGUCCCGUUUUAGCCGCGAAGAGGCUGCAAGAUCUGGCGCAAGCCUACGGCGCCGAGGACAAUCUGAGCGUCAUUGUCGUGAGAUUGGCCGGGCCGAGCCCAGGUGACAUGGAUCAGCUGAUGCGCGAGCUCAGACACGUUGUUGGCAAAAAUAGAGGUCAAACCGGCGACGGCGCAUGUUCCUGCCCUUGUUGCGUGCCGCCGGCGCCUCACAAACCUCCGACAGCUUGCUGUUGUCACGCAAGCGAGGGCUAUUAUCUUAAUGGCGUGUUGAAGAACAUAGUGAACAGAUCCAAUAAAGUUCACGGAGGUUCCGGAAGAUACUUUAAAAAUUCUAAAUCAACACAAGAGAACGAAAGCCCUCCCUACAGAGACGAUCGCAGUUCGCCGAGCGGGCAGUCCGAUCAAGCUAGCGACAGUACUUUCAAGUCUCGUCAUCCAUCAGGAAGAAUGUGGACAGGAAGCGCGGCUUCCAGAGCGACGAACAAAGCUCACCAGAGUGUUCUUAUGCAAGAGACGCGAAAGGUAUCACCGUGCAUACCUACCCAGGAGGACGCCGUCUCGGAAAGAUCCGGUGUUCUGAGCGAGGAGCAGUUUCGUUGUUGGGAGUACAUGCUCGAACAAAACACCCAGCUGUUAUUUGACAAGGAACUUGACACGCUGACGAAGGCGCCGUUGCGGCAGGCGAGAUCGACGCCGCAGCUGAGCGGUGGCAACUUGCCUUUCCUGUCAAAGAGAUUCGGCAGCGCGAGAUCUUUCAAUCCUACGCUAUCGCGACCGCCAGUCGUCCGUUUCGGCAGCGGACGAAGAUUGCUGAAUGGUGGACCGAAUGCCGCCUAUUUCGGCAGCCUGCAAAGGCUGAUGCCUUAUAAUCUGGAAUACGACUUCGCCGUCAUCCAGGAGAGAGGCGGCAUGGACUCGCUCGAGCAGGAUGCCACGAGGAUGCAGCAAUAUUGGGGGGUGGCCACUACCGAACUAUAAUGUAAACGAGGAUACUGAGAGAGAGAGAGAGAGGACGAAACAAGAAAAGGACACCGAAAGAAAUAAGAUGGAGAUGCGAAAGAACGAAUGCGAAAUUAAAAGAAUGUGUCCUGUUUAUAAAAUUAUGGGAAUUCUACUCCGAAAAGAGAGAAACUUUCAUGUUAUUGUUAUUUCAUUGUAUAUUAAAUAUUGUAUAUUUAAUUGGGAUUUGACAACUUGACGACGUAAAGCCAUUUGUUUGAAAAUCACAAGAUUACAGAUUAAUUCCGGCGAACAAUUCAAUAACCGGGAGUAAUUUAUCUCAUGACGCGACGGCGCGAAGUAAUUGCAGCUCCGUAGUCUAAUUAUCACAUUGGAAGGCGUAAUUAAUAGAAUACAGCGAGACGGAACGGAACGUCGUCAAGCGCAAACGCGCACAAUCGCAUUGAUAUCGAUCGUACUGAUAACAAUGACGCGGUAACAACAAGCCGCAAGAUUCUUCGUGCAACCAACGUGCAACGAGAGACAGCAGGAUUUAUACCGUAACUUUGUAAUCUACCGCAACCAAAUCCCGUGUAAAUAAAGAGACCCGCGCGCUCCUUUACGUUAUACAAAGCCCGCUUUAUUCUUUUAUAACGGUAGAUACGCGAAAGAUGCUACGUUAUCGCGGAACAACUUUACAAUGUACGCGAAAAGACUCCACAGAGAAUAGGCCAAGUAAAAUUAAGAGAUUGAAGAAAAUUCGUUCACAAUUUUUAAUUUGACAUUUUCUUUUUCUCUUUCUUUUUGACAUUGUCCAUUUCUCGUGUGAAUUUCCUUUUACGUUGUUUUGCGUUAUUUCAUAAAUCCUAAUUCGUUCUUCCAUAUUUUUUUAUCACGUGUUUUAUCUCUUUUUUCAUAAAAUUUUAGAAUUAUAUUUUGUACAUAUAGGAGAUUCUCUUUUAUAUUUUACGCCUACAAGUAUAAUGUACAAUAUAUUCGUAUGCUGUGUAACAUUUUUUUACGAUAAGUUGUCGAUGAAUGCCGAGAAAUACGUGAUAUUAAUGAACGUAAUGUGCCGGACGAUCUCGCGCUUUCAAUAUUGCAACAAUACGUGCGCACCACGAGUCGAUAUCGCGGCUUAUAAUAUAUAAAGUUGCUCUAAUGAAUCGUGUCAUCUCAUUUGUGAGAUAAUUUAUUUUGUGUGAAAUGUUAUAUUGAAUUGAUUAAAAUAUUGAUUGAUAUUUUUAUUAUACGAAAAACCGUUAAAUUGUAAAAAAAUUAGUCUCCGAUAUUUAAGUCAAUUAUCUUACAUUUUUCAUUUUAUAGAGAGAGAUGUAAAAUUUUUCACAAACCUAAUAUUAUAAGAGUUGAUAAAUUAAAAUUUCUCAUAAUUUUUUUCGAUUUUUAAUAAACAAUAUUUAACACAUUUAUAAAAACUUUUAUUUAAUAACAGAAGAGCGAAUAACGAAUAACAGAAAUCAAAAAAUCAAAGAAUAACAGCAGAUUGAUCAUAAAUAUUAUACAUUAUGAGAAAAAAUGUAAUUGCGUUACAAAAAAAACGAUCCAAGAGCAUGCUUCCGAAAUGAGUUCAUUAUUUUUUCAUGUCUCUACCAUUCAGGCGUCUCGUUUAAUCACACGCAUUUCAUUUUUUUCUUUGAUCGGAAUUAUGCUCUUUGAUUACGAGAAAAAAUCAUACAAAGAAAUUAUUUUUUAUAACUAUAAUAUAAAGAUAUUUUUGUAUUUUUUAACGUAAUGUAAAGUGUGUCCCGGAAAAAGUAUGUUCCAAUAACAGAUUUAAUAUAUAUAUUUAUCUAAAUGAGAAUAUUCUUCAAGUUUAAAGACAGAGUUAGUUAAAAAAACAGCUAAAUAACAUUUUUAUAGUUUUAAAUAAAAUUUACCAUAAAAAAUUAGCAUAAUAUAAAAUAGCAAAAUCCUUUAAAAUUGAUUAUAUCUGAUACUUGAUAUAUAUACAUACAUACACACACACACACACAUAUAUGUAUAUAUGUAUAUAAAUUAAAUUUUAUAAACAACGUGUUUUUAUAAAAAGAAUAUAUACACAAAUAUGUAAUAAAUUAAAUAUUCCAUAUACCAAACGCUGCUGUCGGUACAUACAUUCUCCGGGUCAUUAUGUAAAAUUGUAAAAAAAUUGUACCUGAGGCUGGACCAAAUAAAUUAUGACACGCAAUCACCCGUUGUUAACGCAGAACAAAUGAAUUGUACGUUGCAAAUAGCGGCGUAUUCAGCAUUUAACGAGAAUAUUCAACGUUUUUAUAUGUGUUGUUUUACAAAAAUUGUGCGCUUAAAAUUUCAA